UGUGUGAAACCUGUGCAGUCUAUGAGCCUAGGAUGUAUUAUGUAACAGGAGGAGUGGUUUAUGGAGGAGUGCCAUUAAGAAGAUUCUAUCCCACUCCUAUUAAGGUUGUGCAUCAAAGAAAGAUGCAUCCACCACAGAGACACCAAAGACAAUACCGAAAAGACAGGAGCAUACCAGUGACUAUUCAAACAGAGGAAAAAAGGACCUGGCAAGUUGUUGCUGCAAUUGACUUUGGGACAGCAUACUCUGGGUUUGCCUUUUCCAUGAAAGACAGUCAAUUAGAUGUAAUCCCGGGAAAAUGGAAGACUCAUUCCUCAGAUCUACUGGAAUCUCCUAAAACUCCAACUUCUCUCUUACUGACGAUCAGUAACGACUUUGUGGCAUUUGGCUACGAGGCGGAGAAACAGUUCAGAGAGCUGGUGGAGGAAGAUAAACAUAAUGACUACCGCUACUUUAAUCAGAUGAAAAUGGUGUUAUUCCAAGAUAAGAGAGAUGAAACAGCAGUGGAGGUCAUGGACCACAUGAAUCGUCCAAUGAAGGCUCUUGAUGUGUUUUCACUAGCAAUAAAAUACCUUUAUGAUCAGUGUUUAGAGACUUUACUGGAUAAAAACGUCAAGAAAGAGGGUAUACGCUGGGUGGUAACUGUACCUGCUAUCUGGGACGAAUUCGCAAAACAGUUUAUGAGGAAUGCAGCAGAAAAGGCUGGUAUCCCCAGAAGUCAGUUAACUCUUGCCCUUGAACCUGAGGCAGCAGCUAUUUAUAGCAUCAAAGGGUCAAGGACUGACCUAACCUCUAAAUCUAUCAACAAGUACAGCAGGGGCUCACAGAUUCUGAUUGUUGAUCUAGGAGGUGGUACAGCUGAUUUCUCUUUGAUUGGUAUCAGUGGGGAUAAGAAGCUUGAGGUGCUACAUAAAGCCAGUGGAGGGGCUUUAGGAGGGAACACAAUCAACACCAAAGUCUGGGAAAUUCUAGAAGAGCUUCUAGGGAAAAAUGUCAUCGAGGAAUUCAAAAAACAAACAUCAGACUUCAUGGAAAUGGAAAGCAACAUAGAACUAAAGAAGAGAGACCUCUCUUCUGAAAGUAAAUUACAGUUAACAAUGUUCCCGUCCCUUUCUGAGACGUGUAAAUCCUUGACGGGGAAAACUUAUAGAGAACUGGUGGGGGAAUCUCAUUAUGCACAGCUUGUGAAAGUCCGCACUGGGAAAAUUAUAUUCGAACAUGAAAUGAUUAACAAAAUGUUUGAACGUACAUUAGAAGAAUCUUUUAAUAUAAUGGAUAAACUUUUAAAAAUUGGUACUAAUAUUAAGGACAUAGUGCUUGUAGGGGGAUUUUCUGAUUCAGAAAUUAUUCAAAAACAAUUCAAGGAAAGAUUCAUGGACUAUGAGGUGAUAAUACCUGCAGAUGCUGGAUUAGCGGUGCUGAAAGGAGCUGUUAUUUUUGGACAUGAUGAAAAGUUAAUCAAAUCUAGAAUCUGUCCUUUCACAUAUGGAGUAGAGGUCCUGCGGUUUUGGUUGGCCUCUGAUCCAGAGGGUAGGAAGAAAAUAAUAAAUGGAACAUCUUACUUUACCGGAACUUUUGACAAACUCGUAACUAUUGAAGACACUGUGGAGGUUGGAAAAACAGUUGAAAGAGAAUUCUUUGCCCCUAGUAACUCAGACAAAAAUUUAAAGUUAAGAUUUUAUCGAACUGAUAAACGAGACGUGCAGAGUGUUAAUGAUGAAGGAUGUGUGUGUAUUGGUAAACUGAAAAUUAAUUUAUUGGACCCACUGGAUGGAACUGAACAUGCGGUGCAUCUGUCCUUAAAAUUUGGUGAGACAGAAAUUACAGUGCGUGGAAUUGACAAAACCACUGGGCAGCUAGUUAAUACCACAAUUGAUUUCCAAGGAAAAGUUACAUAGCAAUCCAUACAAAUCAACAUUAUUUAUAGACUAAUAGAGAAAUAAUUUUUUAUGUUUUUGCACACUAUUAAAAUAUGAAUAACAUUCUUCACUAUUUCAUUUCUCUUAUAAGUUAAUGUUUCCUACAUAAAAGGUCAUGGUCAAGAAACAAUUUUCUGUGCAAUUAGCACAAUCCAUGCAAAUGUAUAUUUACAUGUGGCAUAUAUGUACAUUAAAGUUGUACAACUUGA